GAACCCGCAGAGGGACCAAAAAAUGAUUUGGGGGACAGCGGCGUGAGGUUAAAGCCUGGGAGCAGCCGGGGAAGAGCACGCUUACAGGGCUCAUGGUUGUGCCUGUCGCUUUGAGCAGGUUUUCAGAUUGUCCUGAAUGAAAUGGCCGAAGGGCGCGACGGGUGCGCCGACCAAAGGAAAUCUCCACUUGCUUCCUGCUCCCCUCUUCCAUGUCACCGCAGCAGCUCCACCCAAACGUGGCUGUCAGUCGAAACUCCUCUCUGGAAUGAUUCUCAGACUGAGCAGGAUGAAGCCUCUGGGAACCUUCAGUCGAGUGAACGUCCUUCACCUCUUUUCUAUGAGGAACUUUUCUGUGCCGGCCGAACUUCCAUACCUCUGGCCCCUCUGGCCCCUCUGGCUUGUGCCCUCCUCGCCUCCUCUGGGCCGCAGAGCGAUGUGGUAAAACAAGGUUACCUGGGGAAGCUGGAGCGAAACCACAGGAGAUAUUUCGUUCUGAGAGCAGGCAGCCACACCGGGCCGAGCCGACUCGAGUGGUACAAGAGCCAGGAGAAGUUCACAGCAAAGGAGAAGUCUUCUGGCAAAGCUACGCUGUUUGGGUCGAACAAACAAGGGGUGAUUUACUUGCGGCGCUGUCUUGGCGUGAGCCGGAUUGCCAGUUCCCGGAAAGGCCACAUUGUGGCGCUGUAUCCCAAGGAUCAGACCAUGGUGUUGGUGAUGGAGGACCAGCAGGAGCAGGAGGAUUGGUAUGUGGCCCUUAAGAAACUGAUGGAGGAAGAGCAGAAGGAUGAGGAGCAUGGAGAAGGGGGUGAUGAAGAGGAUGAUGGAUAUUGCACUUUGCCUUCUGCUGCUUUCUUCAAAGAGGUUUGGCCCGUUACUGUGAAGCCCAGAGGUCUGGGUAGCUCCAAGGCUCUCACUGGGGAGAAUCGGCUCUGCCUCACAGCAGCAUCUCUGAUCUUGGUCAGAGUGGGUGCAGGCAAUGAUUUGCCAUCGGUCACGAUACCUUUGUUGAGCGUUCGGCGCUUUGGCCACUUGGACGGCUCGUUCUACUUGGAGCUCGGCAGGUCAGCGCCAAAUGGUCCUGGAGAGAUUUGGAUGGAAGUAAAUGACCAAGGAAAUCGAGUAUUGGCCCAGCACAUUCACGAGGCAGUUCGGGAGGCAGUCCAGGCAUUAAGAGUUCUUCCAGACUUGAGCAGCUCUCCGAUCUCAAGUCACAGUCAGACUCAAGGCCUUCUGGCCUCAAAGCGCUGCAGACCCAAAUACAGCAAUAAGCUGGUCAAUGUAAGAUCACAGCGUCCUUUAGCCUUGUUCCCUAAAAGUCCUGACAUCCAGACUAGUCCAACGCAGGCUUACGUGAAGCCCCUCGAACCAGACAAAACAAAUCUUGAAUUGUCUUCAAGCUCGAGCUUUAAUUUCAGCCCUUCCAGAUCUCAGCAGAGCUCCAUGUCUGAGACUUGCAGCUACAUGGAAAUGAAGAUGGACCACUGCAGUGCUGCAGCCUGUGGGAUGCAGGGCUUGCAGCCAGCUGAAGACAAGGAAGAGCUGGGAUACAUGAUCAUGUCCCCUCAGGUCAGCCGCAGCUCAUCUGUGUUGGCUCGUGAUGACUAUGUGACCAUGACAAGCCCACAUAAAAAUGAACAGGCAGCUUACUCUUCAUUCUCCUCUUUCCUUCAAACAUCAUUCAACAGCUCCUCCUCUGACAGCUACUCUCCUCUGCACCCAUCUCAUCAGACCAAUGAGUGCAGUCAGCCACACUGGCUGAUGACAUCAGCCCAACAGUCAGAAAUGGAUGCUGACCAAUCACAGAUGCUCAUCUGUUGCUCCAUUGGACCACAUGAUGAUGUAAAGCAGGAAGAAGGAGUCACUUCUCCUUUAGGAAGCAUUGAUGGGUCUGACCUGAUGAUUCCGUUUGUCACAUUUGGAUCAGGCUGUACCAGGCCGAUCCAGGCUAGUUCAAACAUGGAUGCAGAUCAGUCUAGUCAAUUCAAAGCUGUACCAGACCGGUCUAGUCUUAGAAGAUGCUGGAUGUCAUUGUUCCUGCCUGUUUGCCUUCAAGCUGAGGACACAUCCUGAGUGGUUUACUGUUUUCUGAAGAAAAUCUGAUUAUUUGUGGUGCACUUUACAAAUGAUAAAACUGGGUAAAAAAUAGUUCAGAUUGUUGCUGAUACUUGUGGCACUAAAUCA